AUUUAAAAUGAAAUGACGUGAAAACAAUAAUAUAAAUAAGAACGUUGUUCUAUUAUCAUUGUUUCCUGUAUUUUAAGGAUUAUCUUGUUAAGACUUUGUAUUUUUUAAAUAAGUGUUCAGAUAUCUUCUUUAUUAUCUGAUUGAUGUCUGUAAUUUGUUAUCUAUAGUAGGUAUUAUUUUUGAAUUUUUAAAGAACAAGUAUCUAAGAACAUUUGAAAUGAUAUUUUUCAUGUUUUCAGAUCAUCUUUAGCAUACUAUUAUGAUAUAAAAAUAUUAACAGACAAUAUUACUAUAUAGAUGAAGGUUAUUGCAAAUUACAAAGUUAUCCAUAAUCAUACGUGAGAAGUAUAAUCUAAUUAUGAAUCGUGUAGAUUUAAAAGUUGUCUUAUUAGGAAAUGCAGCGGUUGGAAAAACAAGCCUUUUAGAACGUUUUGUAAAUGAAAGAUUCAAUGAGAAUUUAGCCUAUCAAAACACAAUAGGAGCUGCAUUUGCUGCUAAACAAAUGGAAAUAGAUGGACAUAAUAUUGUUAUGGGAAUAUGGGAUACCGCAGGUAACGAAAGAUAUGAUGCAAUGACAAGAAUAUAUUAUCGCGGUGCUAAAGCUGCAGUAAUUUGUUAUGACGUUACAAUGUCUAAUACAUUUCAGAAAGCUAAGUUUUGGGUAAGAGAAUUAAGAGCUAUUGAAGAAGAUUGUAAAAUAUAUCUAGUUGGUACAAAAACCGAUAUUUUAUCAAAUCCUGUUAUAAUAGCGGAUCCAAGUAUAGAUAUUGUAACGAAUUAUGCAAAUGGUAUUCAAGCGAAAUUUUUUUUAACGUCAAGUAAAACCGGAGAGAAUGUUGCUGAAUUAUUUACAGAAAUUGCUACCGAUUUCUUAUCUGUACCAGAAAACUUACAAACAGUGGAGGAAACAAUAAGCCUAACAAUUACGCCUAAAACAUCGCAUUGUUGUUAGUCCAUAAAAACAAGUACAGUAUUAAAAUGUUGUUUAAUACUUUUCUUCUUUUUUUUGUUUCGUACAAUAUUCAGAUAAAAAAAAAAAAAAAAAAAAAAUGUAAAUCAUUAAUAUUGCAUAUUAAUGUUUAGAAGGAAAAUUUGAACGUACAAUAAAUUAUUCUUAUACGACAUAAUUAUUUAGUAAACA